AUUUCCAAGAUGUCUGCGCCCAAUAUUGACAUGCAGAAAUAAAAAGUUAAAACGAAGAGGAUAAAAGCCACAGCGUGAAAUUUAAAAUGUCCAGGAGACAAAUGCGCCUGAAGACACUGGAGGGUUACCUUCAAGAAGUAGAUGUAUUUGAUAAACCCAAGUUCCAGCUGGAACAGUACCCAACAACUCCACACAUUGCAGCCCAAAUACUGCACGACAUCCAUAUGAAAUAUGAUGAUAUACAGGACAAGUGCAUUGCCGAUCUUGGGGUUGGUUGUGGCGUUCUCAGUAUUGGUUGUUCCAUGCUUGGAUGUGGUUUUGUUCUUGGUGUGGACAUUGAUUCAGCCGCAAUCUCAAGAUGUCAAGAGAAUCUGUCUCAGUUUGAAAUUACGAACAUUGACCUCCUACAACAAGAUGUGACAUCAUUACUUUGUGAGGGAAGUCAUUUACAAAAAGCCUUUGACACUGUAAUAAUGAACCCUCCAUUUGGAACAAAGAAUACACAAGGAAUAGAUAUGAUUUUCCUGAAGACUGCUCUGGCUAUGGCACACACGUCGGUGUACUCUCUCCACAAGACUUCCACACGGAGGCAUAUAAUAAAGCAAGCCGGCGACUGGGGAGCCGAAACAGAGGUGGUAGCCGAGUUGAGGUUUGAUCUAGCCAACACAAUGAAGUCUCACAAAAAGAAGACCAUGGACAUUGCAGUUGAUUUUAUUAGGUUUACUCACAAAAACCAGUCUGCAACAUCUUGACACGACUCAUAUUUUCAUGGAUUUUAAGGUUGCAUAGACAAAAACUAUGGCAAGGGAUUAAAGGACUAAAAAAUCAAGGGUGGAAUUUAAGAACUUUCUCGACAACAAAAUGAAACAUGGAUCACUACAUAUUACAUUUUGACAGACUCAUAUUCAUGACUACAAGUCAUCAAUAGCCAUAUAUUUUGAGCUUGCUGUUUUGUCAUUGGCUAAAAUUUCAGCCAUUGUUAUUUAUCUUUCUUAAAGCUGCACGCCCUAGUUCCAUCCAGCGAAAAUAAAUUAUAAUUUGGUUAAUCUACAAACCUG